ACCGUUCAAAAUGUUGAAAUAUCUUUAAAAAAUUCUAAAAGGACCACGAACCUUAUUAUAAAAUAGAAAAAGAACAAAAUUGAUAAGUUCUUUCCAGAACUAACACUAAAAUUAAAAGAAAAGUAAUUUUUAUGUUCUAUAACAAAUUACUUUAAAGUAUUAGUUGACUAGAGCUUUUUCAAGUUAACAGGCUUUGAAAUAUUGAAAAUGAAUUAAAGAAAAAUGAAACGGUGUAAAGAUUGUUCGAAAGAUCAUUUCUAAAUGGAAUAAAAUAAGCAAGUCUAAUCGCUCUCUGUGGUCGUAACGCAAAUUAUUCAUCAUGGCAGUAACCACGUGAAGAAAAAACAUGGGAAAUUCUUUCACGAAAAAGGAUUGCAGCCAGGGAAAUGAGGAAACUUCAUCAGAUAAUUCAACAUCAGAAUCUAAUCAGAAAGAAUGGACCAUGUUAGCUUCCGAUAGCGUAGAAACAUGGAAAUUUAGCAGUGUUUUGUAUGGUUUUGAACCAAGAAUUGAUUAUACUUCCGAUAUAAAGGGACGAUUGCAACCGUGGUGUACAUUUGGUAGAUAUUUUUCAGUAAAGUAUGAUUCAACAGAAAAGGUCUUGGAUAGACAUUAUAUGAAAAUUGUAAUCUCAGAAGGAUGUUUCCAUUCUACUCAAAUUCGCCUUCCACGAAGUUUUUAUUCCAGACUACAUUCAGUACCGGAACCGGCUUCCCAUUUUCUUAAACCUAUUCAAGUUGUGGGAUAUCGUGGAGGAGUAUGCAUUCUACAAGUGAACUGCAAAGACUAUUUUAUUGAAUUUCUAGUCAUACAUAUGAAGACUGGUACGGUUUUAGGGACUCAUAAAGAGAACAUUCAAGGUUAUAAACAUUACUUAUGCGACUGUCUUAUUAGUCCAGAUUUAUCUUCUUUCAUUCUCAAACCAAACGCUAUGUACGUCUUGAAUUUUGCGCGGGAUACAUUUAAUAGUUCUAUGAAAGUUGUAUCUUGCAAAGGAAAUCCUAUGCCUGUUAUUAGGGAGAAUUUGUUUAGUAAUGUUUCUGUGAGAGCUUUUAUAGCAUAUGAUCCAAGGUAUACUUGGAGAAGAAUUGCUAUUGGAAAUUAUUGCAAACACGGGAAGGACACUGUAAUCAUCUUUGAUUUGAAAUCUGAUAAAAUUAUACAAUCAAGCGAUCCUUAUUCUCACUAUCAAACUACGCACAAUAUAUCUUGGUCACCAGAUGGAGCUUACAUAUCAUCAAUGGUUCUAGGCAGAACUAUUAAAGAUGGGUUUUUUAAUUUUCCAAAAGUAUUGAUAUACGAAUCAACAGAUUUAGCAAUUAUUCAAUCAAUUAGGACUAAUUAUCUUUCCGAAGUGCCAACACUAUCACCGACUGGAAUUUUUCCAGUUUUCAAUAACACUGGAACAAUUAUAGCAAUUCCUUAUGGAGAACAUGGAACUUAUUUUCAACAAGUUGCAGGAGUAAAAGUUUAUAAAGCACCAAACGUUUUAGAUCUUCAAAGUUUGUGUCGAUUGUGUAUUAGACAAUAUUUUGAAACCUAUGACGUUGAUAGACUCCCUCUACCAAACAAAUUAAAAGACUAUUUGAAAUUUAAACCAUUUUGGGAAUAAUAGAAUAUUGAAUAAAUGAAUAAAUAACGGUAAAGAGAACACUUUUAACUGUCUUGAAUAAUAAAUCAUAAUAUCUUUA